AGACUGAGCUCCAGGCGCCUGCUGCUGCUGAAGUCAAACACCGCCUAAAACACACGCACACGCAGAACAAGGACAAACAAGCCAGAAACACACACACAUACACAACAACGGGAGAAAGAGAACAGAUCCUGAGUAAGAUCGAGCUGCAGCUGUCAAGAUGGCCAUGAAAGACCUUUUGAAAGAUGACAAUAUCAAGAAAGCCAUUGAUCAAUUUAAAGCUGAGGACAGCUUUGACCAUAAGAAGUUCUUUGAUGUGAUUGGGCUGAAGGCUCUGUCUGCUGAGAACGUGAAGAUGGUCUUUAAAGCUCUCGACGUGGACGCUAGCGGUUUCAUUGAGGAGGAGGAGCUAAAGUUUGUGCUAAAGGGUUUUUCUGCAGAUGGCAGAGAUCUUACCGAUAAGGAGACCAAAGCAUUCCUCGCUGCCGCCGACAAGGAUGGAGAUGGAAAAAUUGGCAUAGAUGAAUUUGAGGCUUUGGUGCAUGAGUAAAAGGUCAAUAUUUGGCAACCCAUCACACCACAACUCUCCUGUGAAUAGCUACAGCCAGUCGUAAUGUACUUCUCUACACAUCAUGCCAUGAGCCAGGAGCUGAAUCUGCCUCCCUUAAUUACAUUUAUUUAUUAAACUUUUUUUUUUUUUUUUAUAUA